UUCUCGCUAACCUUCUUAUGUACAUGGCGAGUUUUUCCUUAAUAUUUAUCAGUCAAAACUUAGGAAUCUUGCGUCUAGUGUUUCUUUUUAAUAUUUGCAUUAAUUCCCUAUUUCUACCUUGCAAUGUUGACGGCACAGUUCAGGACUGCUGAGGAGAUUACGAGGGAUCGCUUAAUUUACGCCAAAGAGAGAAAAAGGGUAGUAGAGCAAUCCCAGAGGAUUCAGUCUGAGGGACCAUACCAAGAAUAAAGCUUUCAGUUGCAACAAAUUCCGUGCAAAUAGUUGAGAACAAGAAAAACAACAAUAUGGCGUCACAGAUAAGGACAGAGGAAAAAAGUGUGCCGUUUUUCAUCCUUCCAUUUUCAGCUGAAUGUGCGACAUCGCUAGAAGUUUUGAGGAGAAAUCAUAUCGAUGCUUUAGAAUUGAUCAAGGGAGAAGAGGAGCUGGCAUCUUACUGUUAUACAGCAUCUACAUGCUGCUUACACUUCAGCCAAUUCCGUUCAAUAGUAACUGGGGCUAAUCGUACGGAACUUCUCAAUGCUCUCCGGGCAGAACCGUUCUGUUGCAGCAAAACGGACGAUGUGAUGAAGCUAAACAGUGAGCCAGAAAGUAAUGGACCAACCCCACUUUCGUUUCUUUUUUCUGGAGCCGGGGCAGAAUUUUUCCAAAUGGGCUUAGAAUUGUAUCAAACGUGUCCAAGUUAUCGUAGCCACUUCGACGAUAUCAAUUCCCAACUCAUGGAUCUUGACGGUAUAGAUCUCCUUCGAUGGUUGAGGGAUGGCGAGGAGAUUGCCCUCUACUCGCUGAUUAGCAUAUUUGCCUUGGAGUACUCCCUACUUCAACUGUGGGCGGAUUGGGGUGUAAGACCCACUUUGUGUGUCGUUGGACAUUCCUUUGGCGAACUUGCUGCAGCUGUAGCUGUUGGUGGGCUGAGCCUUCCAACCGCAGCUCGAUUGGUCGUGUCUUUGAGACAAAGUGUUUUGAGGAAUGUAAAGCCGGGACGAAUGCUUAUGGUAUUGGUUGAUGAGGAAACGACCAGAGCCUUAUUAAACAGCUUUUCCCAACGUAAUGCCCCUCAAAAUACACUCGAUGAAGAUGCUAUUGACAUUUGCAUAAUCAAUUCCACUAAUAACACCAUUGUUCCGUAGACACAAUCCAAAAAUUUGCCAACUUCUUAGCCUCUAAUUAUAUCACGAAGGCCACAGUAAUUCCUGGGGUUUUUCAUCCAUACCACUCUAGGUACAUGAUUCCAGCUCCCACUGAGCUUCUUGUAGAUCUUGAAAAAUUAGAGUAUUCUAGGCGUCAUGCUGGCGUAAAGUACAUCUCAUCGGUGUAUGGAAAACCGAUGGAAGCAUCAGAAAAUUUAGUUGCAUCUUACUGGUUUCAGGGGUUGCACAAACCUGCGCAAUUUAUUGGCUCCGCCAACUCCGCGGUUACCGUUGGUGGCCGUUUAUUUCUGGAACUUAGCCCGCAACCAAUCCUGACCGGCUUGAUGAAGAAAAACUGCCCUGAGGCAAACUUUAUUUGCAUUCCUUCACUACGAAAAAAUAUCUCCAACUGGCGUACAAUAAUAGAAGCUGUUGCAGCUCUAUAUUUGCACCGAAUUGAGGUUGACUGGGCAAAGAUAUGGAAUAACUUGAACGAUAAUACAAACAAACGUGUGUGCAUCAAACCCGUCCCACAUCUCUUGCCAAAAUAUUCACUUCCUAACUGAGCCCCUUUUCGUUUCAACCUACAACACAACCUACAUCACGGUUAUUCACUCACCAAUAAAUUUAUAUCUGACGAAAUCGGCUUCCCCCAGAAAGUUUGGCAUCUUCCGAUCUGUCUCUGGGUAUUGUUAAAACUUUGCUUUCUCCUCAAACUACUUCAUACUUAAUCUACUACAGACUAAUAAUAAAAAACCGUGGUCAUACCAACCCAAGAUCUUAUCAUUACAUAGCUGAACAUGUAAAAACGGCCUUUGUCGAUACACGGCAAAAACGCCCGUCGGUAUUUCAGUACGGGCGUAUCAAAAAUCGCAUUGCGAGCCAUCCGUACUUAAAUUUAAAUACAUUCCUAUUUGCACGGAGUACGAUUUAGUUCGGUUAAGCACGGAUGGCUAGCAAUGUGAUUUUUGAUACGUCCGUACUGAAAUACCGACGGGUAUUUUUUGCAGUGUAUCUAAUAAUACAUAACUCGAUGUAAUAAGUAGAACAAAAUAAACCUAAUAAUAAAUUUGUUUUUCCUCA